GGCGGUUGACAUGAUGUUGUUAGUAAUUUAGGACUUUCUAUAAAUACAUCACACUGCUAUAAUACAGUGCUCAUAUAUACUGAGUUUAUUAUAUACAUAUAUAUUGAGUUUAUUAUAUACAUAUAUAGAGAGGAGACCUCGAAGAAGAUUAUUAAUGUAAAUAGUGUUGAUUAAUACAGAUUUCUUUGGUUCAAGCUAAAUUAGGAUCAAGAUGCCGCUGAGCAAUAACAAGACAAGCCAGGAAGAUUCGGGCAUACUCCGUGCCCUGAUGCCUGGCGCCAACAUUUAUUACAACAGGAAGAUCGUCAUCAAUCACAGUACCUCUAAUGAUACUCGAGUCCUGAACAUAGGCGGAACUCGUUUUGAAACUUAUGCAGACACUUUAAGGCGAUAUCCCCAUACCCGCCUAGCAGACGACAGGUUUCUUAAAAGACAUUACAGGGACGAGAGCAAGGAAUACUUCUUUGAUCAUGACCCGGAAGUAUUCAAAGCCAUCCUGCAGUAUCUGCGGACAGGCGAGUUGCAUCUUCCAGCAUCAAUGUGUGGUGCUUCUGUCAAGACAGAGCUGGAAUUCUGGGGAGUGGAGGAAGGAGAUAUAGAGGAUUGCUGUUGGUUGAACUACAACUCGUGGGCACAAACUAUGGAUUCGCUUAAAAAACUGGAGCAAGAUCGCAAAGUGUCCAUGGGAACAUAUAAUUACGAUCCUAUAGAAUCUGGAAAGUGGCCUAAAAUUCGGAAUUACUGCUGGCAGUUUUUAAACAACCCGAAUUGGUCUAUUGGGGCAAAAAUAUACGGAGCUGUGUCAAUGCUAAUGGUGCUCUUAUCCAUAUUGUCUUUCGUCUGUCAAACACACGAGUACUUCCAGGUUCCUGUCAACGCUUCCACAGAUUCCACAAACAGCAGCAGUCAACCCACUCCCAAACUACACCUUCCGUGGUCCAAGGAUAAUGUUCAUCCCGGACUAUAUAUAAUAGAUUUACUGUGCUUCUUCUUCUUCCUACUUGAAUUCAUCGCCCGAUUUAUUUUUCAUCCGAGCAAACUUCGAUUCUUUCUACGACCUAUAAACGUCAUUGACCUACUGGCUCUGGUGCCGGACGUUGUGGCUUAUUCUUAUCUUUUGGACGGAUCAUCGAGUUACGAUGCUAUCAAAGGAGUGGUGAUCUUCGUGUCGUUGUUGAGAAUAGUUCGUAUACUCCGUAUCUUCCGCCUUAUGCGUUACUUUCCUGGGUUAUGGACUCUAGGCUAUACCCUCAAAUCUAGCCUCAACGAGCUGUUGCUCAUGUUGAUGUUCCUGAUAAUCGGUAUGCUGGUUUAUUCCUCCUUGAUAUAUUACGCAGAAGAACGAGAUAACUUCCCAAGCAUUCCCAGGGCAUUCUGGUGGGCGAUUAUUACUAUGACAACGGUGGGAUACGGCGACAUGUACCCGGUAACCAACCUGGGGUACUUCGUGGGAUCCAUGACGGCUGUGUCGGGUCUUCUGCUGAUCGGAUUCAUUGUUCCGGUCCUUGUUAAUAAUUUCAUUUUAUACUACAACCACACUGAGUGUGCCCUGGUGCGCGAGAAGAGACACGAUAAAAGGGUCCAACGCGAAAAGAGAAAACAGAAGAUGUUUGAGAGGAUGAGCGCGGCUAAAAAUGGAAACGUGAGUGUGGACGGAUCGUCUUCACCGGUUAUAACAACAACAGAAACUAAAUUAAACGGUAGCCCCGUUAAUGGGGUUCCAAUCUGAACUGUUCCAAACAACUGUGUUUAUAUCUAAAUGCAGUAUUUCCGACCCGCGAUUCCGUCGGAAUGAACUGUUCAAAACAGCUGUUUUAUAUUUAAAUACAGUUAGUAUUCUCAUCUAAAUAAUAGUGCAUAUUUAAAUAGAGUAUUGUCGACCUCGGGCUGUACUGUUUAUAAAACAGUUGUGUGCAUAUCUGAACGCAGUGAGUAUUGCCGACCUCGGACUAUACUCUUUAAAACAGCAGUCGGUGGACAUCUAAACGCAGUGAGUAUUGCCGACCCCGAAUUCAUCGGAACAAACUCUUGACAACUGCCCUUUUUAUAUUUAAAUGAAAUGGGUAUUUCCGACUUAAAGUUCCUUGAAAAUAUGAUUAGUAUUUAUAUAUGUACAAUCCGUCAUUGAAUUUAGCCAUCCGCUUCCACCGCGAGUGAUAUCGCAGAUAACAAUUAGACAGUACAGGUUGUCAGUAUUAAUACUACGGUUCCUGUAUCAUUUUGUGUUCUCAAUCCACACGUUGUGCUAGUGUAGCAAAACGUUUAAAAUUUGAACAAAAAACAUUAAAAGUCUUAUCUGGUAAUCUACUUAAAAAGGGAAGAGUACUGUGCCUCGUGAAACAUCCUUGUAGCGAUUGGAUUCGAGAACACAGACUUCAUCAGUUGUGUUGCCCAAGGUGGAAGCUAGAAUCAUUUGGAUACAGAUCAUUCUCAGUGAAUGUGCCUAAACAAUGGAACAAUCUACCAGAAAUCAUUAAAUCAAAUUAAUUAACUGUAUGCGCUGUGAACAUGCCUCUGUGUAUGGAGUGCUAGUGCUAUAUAAAUGUACAUAUUAUUAUUAUUAUUAUAUAAUAAUUUCUUCAGUGAAGAAAAUAUUGUUUCAUUAGUUUCAAAAAGGCUGUUCAUAUAUUUCCGUAAUGACAGGGCAACAUUUGUGAAAAUCCGAUAAGUUGGAUUAUUUCCCAAACAAUCGUACAAUUCGAUUUUAUCUUGUUAAGAUUUUAUGAACUUGAAUCUUGAUUUUUCUAUAUUUGUAUUAGAUUUGCACAUUCAGAAUUAAGGGCAUGCAAUGUACACUGUCUAGUGUCUGUGUUGUUGGACGAGGAACUGGGCAUCAAGCGCAACUUAUCUUGUUAUCGUUUUGUUCGAGACUCUUCGAUAUAAACCCAGGCUUAUUUCUUGAAAAAACUGCAUCUUGAAUUAUGGUCUUCGAUUAUCGAUAUGACACGAUAAUUCCACGAUAGCUGACGUCUAAUGCUAGGUUCCAACUGUCGUGCGAUGCGUUACGAUAGGAUUGUUCCUAUUGAGUCUGGUACGUGCCCUCGGAUACGUUUUGAUACGAUCAACACGAUUGCUACGACCGACCUCAAUAUAUGAUAAGACCUGAUAGGAUCACGACGAUUACUCCACGAUUAAAACCACGAUUUCAAUCGUAGCGCGAAUCGUGAUAGCGGGGACCUAGUAUUAGUCAGUUCUUUGUCCAUAUAAUUUAAACAUAAUUUAUUGAUCGUAAAUCACAAAUGGGAUGUGAGACAAGGGAAUUCACAUACAAAGCUCUUGUGUAUUCAAAUACAUUGUUAAAAUGUAUAUUAAGGUAUAUACAACCUGUCCAUAUAAUUUAUGUACAUAAUCUUAUAAUUUCUGGGCGAAAUAUCGAAUUCAUUUUAGAUUCCAAUCUAUAUAAUAUUCCGAUCUAUAUAAUAUUCCGAUUCCGAUCUAUAUAAUAUUCCGAUCUAUAUAAUAUUCCGACCUAUAUAAUAUUCCGAUCUAUAUAGAAAUCUGUUAACAUUAUUUUAUUUUUUUUUAUCAAGAUUAAAAUAUUUUACGGUUCUUAUCUGUCUACAAUUACUUAAUAUAAUUCAAAUCGCCCAUUGCACUUCUUUUGAAUUUAUCAACGAAGAAUCUUAGCGAGUCGUUUGUUUGCAACUAGAAAAAUAUAACAAAUGUCGAAAAACACCAAAGAGUUACGAAUACCUUUAAAUAGCUCAAUGUUAAAGACAGCUGCCAUGUCUUUAUAUUGGUAUCGUCCAUAAAUGAUCUUUUUUUUCUCGUAAUUGUGCCUUACAUCGGAUGACCCAGCAAAAGCGAGUACAAUGUGGGUGUUUGACAUCCGCCUCCUCUCAGUAUGUCACCCGCCCUGAUCUUUGACGGCACGGAAGCGCAUUUUCCACCCAGAUAUCGAAUUUCUUAUUUCUUCUAAGCUUAUUUCUGUGUAUUUUGCUUGAAUUGUCUCGGUCAGUUCGUUUUCCGUAAAUAAUUCCGUGCGCCCUCCAUAAACCUUUCCCGAGGGACUGACCACCCGAUAUAUUAUUAACAUUGGCAGGAAAUGUUGUAUAUUUUUUAUAUUUAUCUUUGUAUAUUAACUUGCAAGAAUAAUAAUGGUAUAUUUUCUCAUGCAUUUUAUUUUUUAAUAUAUAUUAUAUAUAGCUAACUCAAAGAAACUUUAAAUCUAUGUAAAUUAUGUAGGCCCAUUAUCUAACCUAUUAAUGAGAGAAUUGACGUUUUGAGUAUGAACAGUCCAAUAUCUAAUCCUAUCAGAUAUUUUAUUAGAUUUUUAAACAUGAAAAUAUUAUACGAUGUGGGUUAAAAUGCUUAUUUACUGAUUGUAUAUUAAAUACUAACUAGACGAUGUUAUUGUGGAAAUAUGUUGUUUAUAAUUCUAUAGCUAACAAAGGUAAAAUAGUUUAAUAUGAAAAUAUUAACAAGAUUUCUUUAACCUAUAUUUUCUUAGUGGGGUGGAAUUAUAACAACUCUGAUCAAUCCUAAAUUAUAUCGGAUAUUUUAUAGAACUAUAUUAUGUAUAUUUUGAGUAUUUGAAAUUUUUAAUUAAUAUACAAAAUAAAACUAAAUCCAAAUUGGC